UGCACCAAAGCGGAAGCAGGGCAAUCUCAUGGCGUGGAGUUUGGGAAGAUUUGCUCUGUUUCGGUUUUGUCAUUAAAAAACGUCGAAAGGACAAUAGGUGGAUUUGGAAGCAUGGAGCCUGAGAGGAAACGGUUCAAGAUCUCACAUUGUGACAUAGCGUCGUGGGAGGCUGUUCCUGUUCUGUCAGAUGAACUUUCCCAAGACAUCGAACUCAUCGACGCCUUCGCCGCCCCGAUUCUGGACAAAAAACAAACUUCAAAACUGGUCCUCGAACUCAACGCCAUGCACCCGCUCACCAGCCUCCCUCAUCUGAAGCGCGUCCGUCCUUGCAAAAACAAGGACUCCCUACACUCUUUGGAGAUUCUAAUUUGCCUGGAUAACAGCACAAAUGAACCGUGUACUUUCGACUAUUCCAAUUUAGGUCUCGGUGAACCUUUUGCAGUGAAAAUUCCUCGUACGGCUCCUUUGACUCGGCCACAGUUUGAACAGGCGAGCAAGCACUGGCCGACAUCUUUCCACGAGGACAAACUGGUGACCACAGCUUUGAGGGGCGAACUUUUUAACGCCAAACAAAAAACGAAAAUGCAAGAUUACAUGACGCUAGCAGUCAAUUCCGCAAAAGAGGGGAAAAAGCUUGGAAUGAAUGCUGUCGGAGCAGUCAUCGUUGACCCAAAUACUGAUAAAAUUAUUGCAAUAAGUCACGAUUGUAGCAAAGAUCACCCGCUUCAACACGCUGUAAUGGUUUGUAUAGAUUUAGUGGCGAAAAGUCAAGGUGGAGGUUGCUGUUCUUAUGAGAAAUACCCAGGUUGCAAGUUCAUUUCCCCAGAUUUGGAAAAUGGCGCGCCCCAACCGUAUAUUUGUACAGGGUAUGAUUUGUAUGUGACGAAGGAGCCGUGCGUUCUGUGUGCGAUGGCGUUGGUACAUUCCAGAAUCGGACGGGUUUUCUUCGGGAUAAGUUCGGAAGAUGGAGCGAUGGGGACGAAGUUUAAAAUUCACACGCAAAAAGAUCUGAAUCACAGGUUUGAGGUUUUUAAAGGGGUCUUGGCUCGAAUCUGUAAAGAACUAGACUCAAUGGACGAGAUGAAGUCAAUGGAAAACCAGCAGAAGAAUCCCGCAAUGUAAUCUAAUGGGUUAGGUUUAAAACUUUUAUUUUUGAACAAAUGUGUAUAUGCAUGAUGGACAGUUGAUUCUUUGCAAUGACAUACUACUGGGGUGUUCUACAUGUAUAUCUAUUGGUGGAAUGUUUAGCAGUUACUACGGUGACACAAUACACAUAUUAGCAAAUGCUGUCAAAAAUGUUUUAAAGGCGCAUCAUGUUAUGUUUCAUUUGCAGGGUCCUUCAAAAGCUUUUCUCCAUGGAGAUGUUAUUGCUUUGUCUGGAAUGUUCCACAGUAUGGUAUAUAAACCUUCUAUCUUCAUGGAGACUAAACCAGACCAAGUUAGAGGUCAGAUCCUCACUCACAGUCAGGAUGCCUGUUUAUCAAGGUGUUUUUGAGCUCUAAAGCCACCUGUAAUUGAAUAAAUGUAAGAUAGAGGUGUUUAAUGUCAUACUGUGGAACAUUCCAGGCAGAGCAAUGACAUCUCCACAGAAACAAGCAGGUGAUGAUCCCCCAACCAGAAAAAUUACACAAUGCAUUUUAAGUACUUUACCACUUUUACUAAGUUAUGUUCCACCACUGAACUUUAUUACUUACAAAAAGAUCUUAGUAUUUUUUUCAUUGAAUAAAAUCUGACUGGUUGUAAAAAUGCACAUACCUGCCACCAGGCUAAUCAACGACAAGCCCAGGAGAAGGUGGAGCAUAUUGGAAAGGACCAAUCAAAUCACAGCUAUGAACACGCAAACAAACAAUCAAACAAACAUCAUUGGGGUUGUAUUAUUUUGAAUGGGGCUGCUGAUCUUGACAGAAAAUAAGUUGUAUCUGGAUCAUAAAGUUGUUUUAAAGCCCCUCAGAGAAUCAGUGCAGUGUACACAAGAACAUUUUACACAAAUGAAUCUACUUUAUGUCAUAUUUAAAAUUCCAUUAACAUGAAUGGGAUUCUUGUUUAACAGGAGCAUUUAGAGACAAAAGUGGGGGGACAGUUGCUCAUUCUUCAACAGGCUCCUACAGCUCUACUCAAACAGUGAGGGAUACAGGACUACAUUCACACCAUACUUCAUACAACCAUACAGUGGUGGAUGAAAAAUGUCUUAUGUCUUGUUUUAUAAGACACAAGCCAAUGCGUUGUUAUUAUUAUCAUUAUUAUUAUUAUUAUUAUUAUUAUAAAAAGUGUGCAUGACAAAAACUCUCAAACCUGCAAACUGCCCUAGCAAGACUGCAAAUCAAGAAGAAAGUACUGGGAAACUGAGUAAACAUUUACUCACAGUGCCCAAUUUUAUCUCUUUAAUCUGCCUUUUUACAUAUAUACAUAAAAAAAAAAAUCAUCUUGAGUUAGAUCGCUCACUCAUUAAAUUCUCCUUUUCUGUUGUACCAUAUAAAUCUUUAUAAUUGACAUAAAAUGAUUAUUCGACUAAGACACCAUCAAGUGCUUAAUAAAGUGACAGACUAAAGGACUAGAGCCCUACCAUGAGCCCUACAGGGGAGAGACUACAGCUGUUCCCUCAAUAAAACGUCCCCAUAAUGUCAGAAAAUGCAGCCAUACAGAGCGUGACUGCAGGUUAAGCACAGUGGAAUAUAUGAUACUGGAUUAUAUAGCCCAGGUCAAUAUGUGCUGCUCAGAUUGUCUGAUUACACAGUCAAAUUCACAUCUGAAAGGCUGUAGUGGACUAAAGAAAUGAUUCAUGUAUUCAUGAUUCACUAAACCCAUGUCGACUAAAAAUGGGGUGGGAAAAAAGCUUUCAAGACUAUUACGUAUCUCUAUCUGACCGACCCAAACUGCACUCACAAGAUACACCUGCACAACUAUUUAUGGGGGGAAAAGUAGGAAUGCAAUGUAUUUGUAUAAAGAUGGUUUAAAUUUCUGAAUCAAGAGUUUAGUCUGCCUGUUCACAGAUAAAUAUUGAGCUGGAUCGAGUUGUGUUCAAUCCACGCAUCAAUUUGAAUUUACAUGUAAAUAAUCAAAUAUGUGUUUAUUGGUGUAACUGAAUGUAUGAUUCUGUGAGUCUUCUUCAUCCUGUCCUCAGGGCUUAAUACUUUUGCUUGUUUUGAUUAAUAAACCACACAAAUGAA